UAUCAAAAAUUAAGAAGAGAAUUGAAGUUAAUGAUUGUUCUGAAGCAUUGUCAGAAUUAAAUAUCUUUAAAAACAGAGAGUUAAUGAUUGUUCCAGAAAAUCAGAAAAGUGUAAAAUUAAAAUCAUUCAAUUCAACUGAAGAUGGAAAUAAUUACAUUAAUGCAAUUACUGUAGAUGGUUAUAAGCAUAAGGAUGCAUUUCUUGUAACACAAAUGCCUCUUCCUCACACUAUUAUAGAUUUCUGGAAGAUGAUAUACGAUUAUAAUUCACCUCUCAUUGUGAUGUUAAAUGACGGUAAAAGAACAGACGAUCCGUCCAUUGGACAAUACUGGCCAACUGAAGGUUUAGCAAGAUAUCAUUUUUACGAAGUUCAAGUCGUGACUUUUGAAGAUCACGGCACUGUUAUUGUGCGAACCAUUAAACUUAUCAAUACUAUGAAUUCCAGAGAAUCUCCUCGUCGAAUUGUUCAGCUGCAAUUUAAGGAAUGGCCAGAAGAUCAGAUUCUUCCAAAUUCUGUCUCUAUGCUGGCAUUACUAAACCAAGUUGACCGCUGGUAUCGUGGAACAACUGGUGGCCCAAUCACCGUUCACUGCCUGAAUGGGGCUGAAAGAUGUGGUCUAUUUUGCAUUACUAGUUAUAUCUGUGAUCAGUUGAAAACAGAACAUGCACUUGAUGUUUUUAAUACUGUAAAAAAGUUAAGAGCUAAUCGACCUGAAUUCAUUACUUCUCUGGAACAAUACAAAUUUUGCUAUGAGAUUGCACUAGAGCUCAUAGAUUCAUAUUUGUUACACAGGUUAAAUUAAAAUUUUAUUUUUGAAAAUGUUCAUACAGAUUAAGAGCACAUAAUGGUACAAUUCAUUACAAGCAUCUUGUAUUACUUUUUCUUUGUAGAGUGAUAUGAUACUGUGAAUAGAGUGAUAAUGUUUAGUGAAAUCAGAGGAGGGACAAUUGUAAUUUAUCAACAAAAUUUAAUAAAUUUAUAUUAUUUGCACAAA